AUGUCAACUUAGUCAUAUUUAACUUUUAAAAUACUUGUCAUUGGUUCUACUUAGUAAUUUUAUUUAAUUAUAUUUAUUCAGCGUUGGCAAAACAGCUAUAAUAUAACAAUAUUUAGAUUCUAAUAUUAACAACACAGGAAUAGAAAUAGGAAUAGAUAUGAGAGAAAAGAAUGUAAACAUUAAUAAUCAAAUUAUCACUCUUUAAGUAAAAAUCUAAGUUAAAUUUAGUUUUGGAAUGGGCCAGGUCAUGAAAAAUAUUAGAUUAGUGCUAAUUAUGUUAAAAAGGAUUGCUGUAUCAUUGUCUAUAAUGAUUAGGAUAGGGAGCCUAUAAAAACUUUAGAUUAUUGGAAAAAUUUGUUUUUGAAAUUAAGCAACAUAGUAGAUCCAGAAAACUUUCCAAUUUUUGUGAUUUAAAAUGAUUUUGAAGAAAAUAAUGAAAUAAUCAAGAGUUAUCUUGUUGAAUAGUGGUGCAUAUAGAAUAAAAUUAAAUAAUUAUAUAAGAUAUCUGCCAGGGACAAUUAAAUUAUUAAUGAAACAUUUUUAGAUAUUGCAACAAUAUUAUUAAGAUAAAAGUAAAAUAUGAUGAUGAACAAAAUUUAAUAGAAAAUUAAUAUAAGCGAUGAUUUUCCUAAUAUAAAAUCAUCUGAAAGCACAAUUAUAAAAACAUAAUUAAAAUGCAAUAUGUAAGAAAAAAUUGAGUUAUUUCAAUGUUAUAAUUAGCAUGAUAGCCCACCAAUUAUUGUAAUACUUGAUGAUAAUCUUAAAGGAGUUUAAAGGCUAAUAUGUUCACAAUGCAUAAAUGAUAUAAGAGGCCGAUUUAAUGGUAUUAAUAUAGAUGAAGCAAUUCAAACAAUAGAAGAACGGAAAAAUAAUUUCCUUGAUAUAAUUUCUGAUUCUACCUCAAAAAUACUUAAUAUUUUAAAUAAUUAUCUUGGAGAAAUUAAAUAAAAUAAAAAUUAAAUUUUAUAAACAAUGGAUUAAAUGAUAAGUUAAGUCACCAUUUGGAUGGAAGAAAUAUAAUAGUUUGAAUUCAAAUAAUGCUCUUACAAUUUUUUUGAUGAAAUAGAUUAAUUAAAUAAAUCUGUUGAAGAAAUAAGAACUAAAUAGAUUGAUGAAUUUAAAAAUGUUUUUUAAACGAUUAACUAGUCUUAUGAAAAAAAAAUCUAACUUACAAAAUAAUUAUUGUAUGAGCAUUUGAUUAAUGCUUAAAAUACUUUAAGAUUACAUUCAUCUUGUGUUUAUUUUAAGAGAUUGAAUUUAGAUAUAAAAACUGAUUAUGUAGAUACUAAAAUAUAUAACUGCUUAUAAUACAAGUUAGUUUAAGAAGUUAAAUAAAAUGAAUGGUGUCAUGCAUUAGCAUUCAAUCAUAAUCAAUCGAUUAUGGUAGGUAGUUUAAACAACAACAUUAAAAUAUGGAAUUUUUAAUAAGGAUAAUUGUUAAAUAAAAAUAUAAUUUUGGAUGGUCAUGAAAAACUAGUAAAAACUAUUGUUUUUAGUAAAAGAUAUAAUUGGUUUUUCUCUGGAGGUGAGGAUCAUACAAUUAGAAGCUGGAAGGAAAAAUAGGGUUGGUUUUCUUCUAAUAAAUGGGAGAGUAGUAAAGCAAACAAAACACAUUCUAAUUGGGUUAUCCAAUUAAUUUUAAACUAAUAAGAGAAUGAAUUGAUAUCUUGUAGUGUUGAUAAGACAAUUAAAAUCUGGAGAAUUUCAUAUGAUUAAAAUUCAAUUAAAUUUGUUCAGUCUCUUGAAAAACAUUAACAAUCAGUAUUAUCAAUAAGUUUAAGUUAAUCUUAAUAAUAAUUAAUAUCUUGGGGUGAAGACUAAUAAGUUAUUUUAUGGGAAAAGAAUUAAUAAUUAAAAUGGCAAUUCAAAAAUAUCAUUCUUUUAUCGAUUUAAGAAAUUAAUAGAGGUGCUAGGUUCCUUAUGGAUAAUUAAAUUAUUUGUAAAACAUCUUAAAGAUAAGUAGAAGUUUAUAAAUUAAUAAAAGAUCAAUAUCAAAGGUAGUCAAUAUUUGGUUUUGAAGAUUAAAAUCAUGAUUAGAAACCAUAAGAAUUUUAAAUUAUUUUUAAUAUUCCAACUUAAUUAAUAGUAAUAAAACAUCAUAAAUAAUUUUAUUUUUUCAAAAACAAUUUGGAUGAUGAUAAAUUUUAAUAAGUUUGCUAACCUUUAGAAUGCUAGAAGGAAGUUUCUUUUUUUAAUAUUACAAAUGAUGGAAAAUACUUUGUUGUUUGGAUUUGGUAUCCUUUAUUAAGAUUUAGAAUUUAUGAAUUGAUAUAUAAUAAUAAUUAGUGA